AUGAAUCUAAUAAGCCAAGAACAAAACAAAGAGGAUAGGACAAUACAAAAAGAUAAUGAACUAUCACAAUCCUAUUCAUACUUUUCAGAGCUAAGAAAAAAAAUUAUUUUAAAAGAAAAAGAAAUUGCAGAGAGACGAAAUAAAGAAUUAAAAAGAGGACAUAAAAAUGAAACUAAUAAAGUUAUAUAUAGAACAUUUGAUGAAUUUUAUAAAUAUAAAAAAAAUUAUGAAGAUUAUGAAAGUAAAAUAAAAAAUGAAACAUGGAAAUCUUUAAAUAAAAGUCGAUACAAAGAAAGAGACAACAUAAAUAAUGAUAUAAAAUUGAUGCCUAUUGAAAAGAGUGAUGACAAAUAUUCAUAUUCCAAAUUUAAAAUGGAAAGAGCUGGAACAGUUAAACAAUUAAAAGAAUAUUUUCAACAAAUUCAAAAUGAAAAAUUACAAAAAAAAAAUCAAAGUCUACUUCGUAAAAGUAGUAGUAAAAAUUAUUCUACACCCUUAAGUGAUAAUAACAUAAUCAUAGAAAAAAAUGAAAAUGAUAUAAAACAGGAUGAAUCUAACCAAGUAGAAUUCCACACUGAACAGGAUAAUAUAAAUGAUUUAAGCAUAACUGAUUUAAAUAUAAAGACAGAUAGUAAUAAAGUUACUACAAAGAAUAUCGAUUUUUCAGGAAAUUCUAUUGUACUUAUUAAAAAAAAUAAUAACAAAUUCAAUGAUGAUCUAAAAAGAGAAAUAUCUAUUGAACGUGAAGAUACAAAUGAAGGGGGUAGUACAUUUGGAAGGGGAAGUACCUUUGAACGAGAAGACACAGAAGAAAUAAUUGAAGAUGAAAUAUAUAAUGAGGAUAUAGAAAAUAUGGAUAAAACUGAAAUAAAUUUAUUAUAUAAUUUAAUUAAUGAAAUGAAAAAAGGAUAUGAUAAUGAUGAAGAUUAUAUUUCUAAUUUAAUCGAAGAAUUACAUAAUUCAAAUAAAGGAUAUAUGGUUGAUAAAAUACUUCAUAUUUUAAAAAAAUUUGAUAAAAAUGGAAAACCAUAUCAAAUAUCUAAACUUUCUGCUGACUCAGAGGAAAGCAUAAUUCCAAAAGACCUGGAUAACCCACAACCAGCGGAAAAUACAAUUAUAGAAAAACGUGAAGAGUUUGAAAGUACCAUAUCUGAUCAGGUUGAUAAGGAUGAAGCUAACAAUACUGCAAAACUAAGCUUGAAUAGUGAACAUUUAGAAAGUGGAGAUGCCGAAAAAGGUGAAGAAAGAAGUGACGAAAAAAAAAAAGAGGACAAGGAUGAUAGCCAAUUCGAGUGGUUUUAUUCAAAUAUGGACGACAUUUGUAAAAGAGAAAUAAAUUCAAGUAUGGAUAAAAAUAUCAUUAAUGAUGAGACCAAAGAAUAUUCAAGUGAUAGUAGUGAAAAACAAAACUUAUUUCUAUGGCUAGAUAAUAAGCAUGUUGAAAAUGUUAUAAUUGAGGAAAGUCAGAUAGGGGAAGACACAAUUUAA